UUUUGAAAUUAUCCCUUUUAGUGUACAACAAUCCGUCCACAUGAAAACCUCCGUAUAGCGUUUAUUUAUUCAAUCAAAUUAUCCCCGAGUAUCAGACAGCCUUGACGCCUCUGUGUGACAAAAAGAAGAAAUAAUGGAGGGCGAGAAUCCGCACGAUGCCACCGAAACCCAACCCAGCAGCGACCGCAUCAAGCUUAAUGUCGGAGGCAAGCUAUUCGAGACCACCACCUCCACUCUCCGCUCCGGUGGCCCUGACUCUCUUCUAUCGCUGUUGUCCAACCGGUCGCUCCACCACCACGACCCGUCUCAACCGGUCUUCAUAGAUCGCGACCCUGAGAUAUUCUCUGCCCUCCUUUCUCUCCUGCGCUCCAACCGCCUCCCUUCUACAGCUAAACGCUUCUCCAACCAAGAACUCAUCGACGAGGCUUCUUAUUACGGGAUUGAAUCCCAAUUAAAAUCCGCUCUCGCUCCGUCUCCUCUAACCGGCAUCGACGCCUCCCUUUUCACCACUAUCCGCCCCUCUUCUGACGCCACGGUUUCUGAUUUCAACGCCAUCGACUCCGACGGCUCCGUCUGGGUCGCCCACGGUGGUCAGAUUUCGGUCUACGAUUGGAAUUUAACCCACUCCGGGACCGUCAGGACCCAUCUUGAUUAUAUAAGUACAAUUCGGAGGAUCGGACCUGGAGUAGCCGCAGUGGGGUCGGAAACACUGGCGGGGCUUCAUGUCUACAACACAGCGAGCGGAUACCGGUCCUGCUGUGUCGACUGGGCGGACCCUACAGACCCUAGGAUCUAUAAGGCCCGAGUCAACGCGAUCGCUGACUCGGACAACUCGGUCUUUGCUUCCUUCGAUUGUCGGCACAAGGAGAAUUGCGUUCUGAUGAUUGACAAGAACAAGUGGACGACGUUAGAGGUCGCGAGGCAGUCGGGGAGCUCUUCCAAGUCCAUGGUUGCCGGAAAGCUGAAGUAUGUGCCAAAGGCCGGAGUACUUGUCGGAGUUUCGGUGACGUCCGGAGCGUUUGGUUAUUCGGGUUAUAUACGAUUGUGGGACCCGAGGUCCAAGGAGGUGGUUUGGGAGACAAACGAGCCUGGUUCAGGUAGGAGCAGCAGGUUUGGGGACUCGUUUGCUGACGUGGAUGUGGAUGUGGACGAGUUGACACUGGUCAAACUGGGUUCUAAAUCGGGGGAUUUGGCCGUGGCAGACCUCCGCAAAUUAAGCGAAGAUCCAUGGAUUUAUUUGGAAGAGAAGAACCCCAGGAUGAGGAUGAUGACUGGUGGGGCCAGCAACGUGGGCAAUUGUGUGAUUAACUGUUACAGGAAACAGCUGUUCGUGGGUAGGGAAGGUGAGCUAGAGGUGUGGUCCACGGUGGAGGGAGAUGGUGAUCAGAAUGUGGGUGGAGAGAGGAUUCUAUGUGAAGGGUCGUAUAGGAGGAACUAUGUGGAUAAAGUGGAGGAUUCUGAAAGAGGGGUUAUAAAGAAAAUUGAGGGUGGUGGGGAUAGGCUAUUUGUGAUUCGAGAAGGCGUGGAGGGAAUUGAGGCUUGGCAAAGUUCACGCUUUUCUGGUGUAGUUUCUUCCUCUUGAUUAAUGUAAUGCUUUGGCCUCUUUCACCCUGGCCCUUAUCCUUUCUUUGCGUUUUUAUUCAACCUGCAAAGGCAAAAAAUUAUUGGAGGGUUCUUCUCAAUCUUCUUCCAAGAAAUCCAGGCAAUCCAAAUUCUAGGUUUACACAACAAGAACUUCCUGCAUGCAAAGCAAUAUUAACUCCCGGUUGGUGGUUACAACUUUUAUACUAAUAGGGUUUAUGUUCAUACUAAAUGGUCUUGCCUCUUUGUCUGUAUCAGAGGGGGUAAAGCUUUAGAUGAUCCAUCUGCUAGUGUCUUUCAGAAAAGUAACCUUCUCAAUUGGUCUGAUAUGCUAUUGCUGAUAUAUGGGUGAUUGAAAUUGUAGACCGCCAUGGAGAAAACUGCAUUCAUUCAGAAUGACAAGACCAACAAGGCUGUGUCAGGAGCUUGACAGAAGAUAUGUCAAAAGCACAAGUGACAAACAGUUGUGAAGCCCCAAAAAAUGAGGAUUUAACGUCGCCCUGUGAACCUGAAGCGCUCAUUGAUAAUAAGCGCAUUGUGCCUUGGUGCCCUUGUUACUGGGAGUAUGUUCAAUGAUGCUCAUGAAUUCUCAGUUAAGGGCAUGAAUCUAUCUGUAAACGAGAAAGAUGUUGCAUAGGACAGUAAUAGGAACUAUAAUUUGGAUCAAAAGUUUAUCCUAUAAGCUUUUAGCAAGGAAGCUUGAUUGGAGGUGGAAAACCUGAUGAGAAAAUACCAUGAGAAGAUCUUCUAGUCUGGUGCGCACUGCAGCAUUUCCGAGCUUUUGAAAGUUGUAUGGGUGAAAUGAACAGUAUCUUGAGGCUAAUGAGAAGAUUACAGUAGUGAUACAGUAUAACGAUAAUGAUUAUGCUUCUGGAGGCAAAGAGAAGCUGGUUCUUUCGACUGUGACUCGGAUUGGUGGAAAAAACAGUUUCUUAGGCUUGGCAUGCAUCACUAUUGGUUGGAUUUGUGCUUAUUCAUUGCAACAAAUCUCAUAGUAAUGUACCUUAUCAAGUGGAGGUGCUGUCAUUAGUAGUUAUUUUACGAUUACUCAUUAGUAGUCAUCAAUCCUCUUUUUACUGUUUAGGAUUAGAUGGAUAUGGUUCUUCUAGUUAUGGUAGUGUGAAAUUUUUAAAUUUACUUUACACCCUCAAUGAGUAUAUAAUGCAAACAACCGAGACCAGACUCAUUGGAUGAAUUCUUUUUGGGUCACUGGAAAUUGAGCUUUUGUUUUAAGAUGAGAAACCAAAA